CUUUCUUUUUCUUUCCCUUCUUUGUCUUCUUUGAGUUUUCUUGCCUUUUGGAUAGAUGGGUAGUUUUAAUUUCUUGAUUGCUUUUUGGGUUUUUCUUUUUAUGUGAAGCUAUGAGUGGUUUAUGUGUUGAUUUGCAUGUAUGUAUGGGGAAAUUGAGUCAUUUGAUUUUGAUGGGAUAUGGCUGAGUCUUCAGAGCGUACUUGGUAAUUUUAUUGUUGUGUUGUCUAGUCUGUAUUCUGCAAUUUCAAUUUUCUUUUGAUUAUCUAUUUCAAAUAUUAAAGUGCAUUUCUUUUAUUUUUUCAAGUCUCACCCUUAAGUUGAGUUUCUUCGAUUUGAUUCCUUUGUCUUUUGGAUCACUUGAUCUGAACAUUUUGCUAUUGGUGCCACUUGUUUACUAAUUUUCUUUGCUAUGAUAAUUUCUUUUUCCCUGUUUAUUAAAUUUAAUACAUUGCUGAAUUAACCUCAUUUGAGUUCUCUAAAUUCUUUUCUGUUUUCCCUUUUGUCUUCCAAAUCCUUUGAACCUGAAAAUAAUUGAAAAACAAUUCAGCUCGUUGUUAUUAUUUUUCUUUCUGUCUGACUAGAUUCAUGGGUCAAUCUUACCUCUGUAACCUUAUAUUAUAUGUAACUCUUGUUUGGGUCUAGUUGCAUUCAUUUAGUUAAGAUAAAUUCUCAUGAUUCUAGCAGAGAACAUUGAGAGCUGAAAGCUAACCGAGAGAGUUCUUAAGCUGUUCAUAGCUACUGGCAAGGACGAGGUCUUCUCACUUAUCCAGGCACUCAACAUUCAAGUUACAGUUACCCCUGUCCUUCCUACCAGAUGCUCCAAGAAAUUCUGAGAUUAGUUUAAUCAGGGGGAUUCACAGUAGCUUGGUCUAAAGAGUAACGAAGCUGAUUUUAAGAGGCUUGAGUAUUCUGAAUUCUGUUGACGUUUGUAUUUGGCAAGAUGUCUCUAUCAAUUAAGGAUGAUGAGAUUGAUAUUGUUAUAGGAGCACUACGUCCUGACCUGACAUCUUUCAUGAAUGAGUGGAGGACCAUAUUCUCUCGAUUUCAUCUCAUAAUUGUUAAAGACCCUGAUUUGAAAGAGGAGCUCAAAAUUCCAGAGGGCUUUAACCUUGAUGUCUAUAAAAAGCCUGACAUAGAUCGUGUUGUGGGUACUUCUACUUCAACCAUUUUCUCUGGCUAUUCAUGCCGGUAUUUUGGCUAUCUGGUUUCUCGGAAGAAGUACAUUAUCUCUGUGGAUGAUGACUGUUACCCAGCCAAGGACAAUAAAGGCAUUUUGGUGGAUGCUGUUGCCCAGCAUAUUACUAACCUUACAACCCCGGCCACACCAUUCUUUUUUAACACUCUGUAUGACCCUUUCACUGAAGGUGCAGAUUUUGUUCGUGGCUACCCAUUCAGUCUUCGGAGUGGGGUACAGUGUGCUUUGUCAUGUGGGCUAUGGCUUAAUUUAGCUGACUAUGAUGCACCUACUCAAGCCCUCAAGCCAGAAGAAAGGAAUUCCAGAUAUGUUGAUGCAGUUCUGACGGUUCCAGCUAGAACCCUGAUGCCUAUUAGCGGAAUCAACAUCGCUUUUAAUCGGGAGGUGAUUGGACCUGCCUUGCUUCCGUCUUUGAGGUUGGGUGGGGAAGGUAAGUUUAGGUGGGAAACAAUGGAAGACAUAUGGAGUGGGAUGUGUGUUAAGGUUGUAUGCGAUCACCUGGGACUUGGUGUGAAAACUGGGAUGCCAUAUGUCUGGAGAAAUGAUAGAGGUGAUGCUAUAGCAAGCUUGAGAAAAGAAUGGGAGGGUGUGAAGCUGAUGGAGGAAGUCGUACCUUUCUUUCAGUCGGUGAGGUUGUCACGGGAAGCUACAACAACAGAGGACUGUGUAGCUGAGGUGGCAAAUGUUGUUAAAGAGCAGCUAGGAUCGAAAGAUCCCAUGUUUGCUCGUGCAGCUAAAGCCAUGGUGGAUUGGGUAAAGCUGUGGAAAUCAGUUGGAUCUAGCACAUCCUCACCGGGGGCAUAGGAUUAAGACAUGGUUAUAAUUUGUGUGUUUUUGCUUUUUGGUUUGCUAGAAUUAUUUCUAUCAUUCACUCGUCCAUGAUGGUGAUAUUACGUGGAAUAUCUGUUUGUAAUUGAGCUGCAACCUGAAUUGGUUUGCUUGCUAGUGAUAUUACGUGGCAAAACUGAACUUGAAGACUUCAGGCAACAUUUUAAGACAAUAUCUGAUGCUGGGUUUUGAGUUUUGUAA